GUGUGCGGCCACUGAUGACGAACAACGCAGAACCGUCCCUAAACCAGUGCUAUGCUUCACCAUUUAAAACCAAGAAAAUGUUUUUAGAACCCGAUCGCUGGAUUCGGUUGUAACUUCCUGCGUGGAAAAUGGCGGCUUUUAUCGUAAGCUCACCCCUCGGUGAGGAUCAAAGGCACGGAGCACAGCUACAACCCGGUGCUGUGCCAGGACGAGACGUGCUCGGCCAAGGCCAAGGGCAGCCACAUGCACUGCCCUUUCUGCAGCAUCGCCGAGGCCUACCAGGACCCCGUCAUCCUGCGGGCCCACUACCGCGUCAAGCACGUCGACAAGGGCAUCGAUUUCGCAGGCCUGAAGGUGCUGCGAUGCUGCAACCAUUGUGAGAUUGUAGGCACCAUCAAAGGGGAGAAGAAAUUCAAGGGGGCCCACUGGCACUGCUACCGCUGCCGAAACGGCUUCAACCGGCGCGACGAGGCCAUCAAACACUACAAAACCCACUUCCGCAACCCGCACACCACCUUCCAGAUACAGAUCACCCAGGAAGUGAACAGCAGGCAGUACUACGAGCAGAGUGCAGAGGCUCACCCUAAGGCCUACAGUGGACUGGCUGUGAGCGCCGGCUCUAAUGGGGACUACAGCACCAUAGGGCCUUUGCUGUCCCAGACCGUCAUCACCACGGCAACCAGCACCGACACCCUCCUCACCGAAGUGUCCAAGGACAGCAGCGUGAACAAUGGGAUUGCAGUGGGUGCCGAGGAGACCGUGGGGCUAUCACAGCAGGCCACGGGGCAGCAGACGCUUGUCCUUAUGGACCCUGAUGGGGAGACUGGUAGCCUGAUAUAUGACACAACAGCCAGCAUCAUUACUGAUCAGGGUGGUGAAAGCCUGGACCAGAGCCUGAUGCUGGAGAAGCAGAUCCUGGAGCUCCACCAGCAGAACCAGGCACUCCGGGCCGACAAGGAGGCCACGGAGAAGAAGCUGCAGGCCGAGAUCCAGCGCCUCAAAGACCAUGUGGCCAGCCUGGUGCAAGCCAAUGUCAAGAUGUUUGAGGAGCUGCAGCUGUACCGCACUGCAGAUGGCAGUGAGCAGAGGAUCAAGAAGCUUGUUGAGAGUCUGGAGGCUCAGCACCGCGAGCUGCUGCAGACCCAGUUGGCCACACUAAGGAAGGAGCUGCUGAACCGAGCUGGCGCGCUUCCCAUCAACGGCCACACGGAGGUGCUGCAGCUCAGCCUGCCCCAGGAGGGCGAGGAGGCAGAGGGGGUGGAGGGGGCGGGGACCAUGAGCAUCUCCUUCCUGAGUGAGGAUCAGAGCAGUGGGCAGGAGGGGGGCGAUGGGCCCGCCCUUGCAGGACUGGAGAUCAUGGAGGUGCAGCUGGAGUCCAAUCAGACGGAAUCCGAAAUCAAGAUGGAGAGCCCCAUUCCUGUUCAGGUCCCCGCUGCCACAGCCGCGGCUCCCAUCUAUCCUGUUGAGGUGCUGGAAGGGGAGCAGGCUGUGCUGUCGCCCGCGAAACGGCCCUCUGAGGGGGAGCCCGAGGGGACGGGAAAAACCAAACUUCAGCGCACCACCUGAAAAGAUGGACCCAAUCUGCGCCCCUUGCCCCCCCCCCCCCGCGCUCUCUCUGGCCUGCCUGCCCAGGGUGGCCCAAAAGCUUUGCAGAGACAUUUCAGAAACAUUGCAGUGCUGGCUCAUGAGCGCACACCAUGGAAGCAGAGUGCAGAGCAGCUGUAAGGGAAACAUUCUGUGUAGAGUUAUGAGCCACACUGAGUAUCCAUUUCCAGCUGUUACACCUGUCACCCACUGCUCACAGGACCCUUUUUAUAUCUACAAUCUUUGAUUUUGGAAGCGUUGUCACUCUCACUGGGUGAAAAACACUACCUGGACCAGAACAAAACCUAUUUAUGUUAUUUUAUAUGUAUUUUAUAAUGACUCUUAUAGUAUUCGGGUACUGUCUUUAAGCUCUUCCUUUCACCCCAGUGAAUCAUAAAACAUGACCACCCAUCUGUGGAAGAUUCUUGCGGAACUACAUCCAUUGUAGUGAACUAAAUACACAUUGCACAUAUCAUUUCUGCCACUGACCACAGUCAAACCAUGGGAGUAAGACAGAAUUUUGGAGAAAGGAAAAUGUUCCCUCAAUAUUCAGAAGUCCUCUCAUCACUGCUUGCAGUAACCUGCUGUGCAGAAGUCUUGUAUAUUAUACUGUGUUGCUUACAGAUAUAAGACUUUAUUUCUGUAUAUUUCUGUACAUUGUAGCAUCUUAAUCUCUUUUACUUAACUGAGGUGUUCUUACCUCAGUAAGCCCAAAUUUCAGGGGUGACUUUGGAACUGUUGAUGCUUUCACAGUAACACAUGAGCCCUCUGCCAGCACUGCUGUGCAUUUGAUGUUUUCUCUCUAGUUCUGAAUAUUACCAUCUAUAAGCAUUACUUGUCCUUUAUAGACAGCUUUUCAGGGCUUUGGCCUUGGAUUUGUCAGUUGAUCAUGUUUGUGCUUGUCCGUUAUGCUUCAGAUAUGACACUGAGUGAUGCAAACUAUUCCACUUAAUGUUUCUUCUUUCUGCAGUCACAAAAAAAAAUAUUCAUCCUGCGGUUGAUGUAAGCUGAUGGAUACCUCCAUGUAUUGGACCUCCUGGGUGUGUCUGAGACUUUUGCACAGCAGUGUCCCUGUUUAGAUGCAGACCGUAAUGAGCAAUCAGUGAAUCUACCUGGUCUCCCAAGCACUGACAUGUGUGUGUUUUGUAAGAACCACGGCUGUUGGGAUCUUCUCAUUUCAAAUAUAAUACCGCUGUAGAAAUGCACCUUAAAGUGUGUUUGUGG